AUGUUUUGUAUUCUACUGAAAAACGCUGUCAGUUAUGUUGAUUGGCUUGUUAGAAGGGAAGAAAACCACAGUCUUCAAUUUCAGUGGGACAAUGAAGUCCUCCAGUUUCUUGAAAGCCUCGAGUAUCAUGGCGGAAGAAAGGUUGUUAACUUAUUGAGGGAGCCUGGCCAUGAUGGAGAAGGUCGGUCUAGUGCAGUUUCAAGUUUUGACUGGACAAAAUGGAACUGGCUUCUACCUGGGAAAACAACACGUGAUAAAAUGUACAGCGGAUAUUCGACAGAGAAUGGAAUAUAUACUCCACUUCUACAAUCUUUCUUGCAGUUGUCAAGUGGACCUGAUGGUGAUAUGCUAACACUCUGUGAAGAUAGUACAGUUAAGAUAAUCCCUGUUGCACUCGCAAAAGAUGGUAUGCAACUGAAACCGGGUUUGAUCUAUGACACUAGGCAGGGAAAACUAAUUGGAAGUACCCUUAACUUGGAUUACAACUAUAUAAAGCAAGGUGAACCAGAUAACGUUGGAUAUGAUAAAGAAUAA